AUGGAUGCCUUACAUGCGUGUCACUACCAACCUAUGCACGCUUCUAAAUGCAUGCCUGUCACCGUCACGCUAACGCUUCCCCAGCAUUCUCGAGCUCCCAUCCGCCCAUCCUCACUUGGCUCGAAGCAACACGCGCCCGGAGUAUCGCGUUGCAAGCUGCAGGUAUCCAUCGCCAUGGCUUCCACCGAGGCUGAGAAGAAGGCAGCCGGAGCCAACCUGGAGGAGGAGUUGGCAAAGCUGCCCGAGAAGACGCCCAAGGCCAUGGCAAUGGAAAAGGUCAAGAAGGAUCUCAACUUUUCCGAUUUCCUCGGCAGCGUCCCUGAGGACCAGGCUGUCGCUGAAGCUCCGCGUUUGACAUGGAAGGCAAACGUUCCGCCUGGUUUGGGGCGUGCCGAGCCCUCCAUGGCGCGAGGCCGAACUCGCACGAGCACCUCGAAGGAGGAAGUUUGCGAACACGUUCGUGCGAAGAGCAAGUGA